CUCCCUGGAGCAGGAACAAAAAACGAAACCAAAACUUGGUGUCCUGCGCCUUCCUGCCGCGAGCGCGCCAUGGCAUCAGUUUUGAAUGUGAAGGAAUGCGAAGCUUCUGAGAGAACAGUCAUUGUUGCCGGCCUUCCCGUUGGCCUUUUCAGUGAUCGCCAGGUGGCCACUCUGGUGAAGAGUUACUUCCAGAAUGUGAAGACGGUGGGUGGAGAAGUUGAAGGUGUUAUAUACCCAACAAGAACCAAAGGAGAUGUGUAUGUAAUAUUCAAAGAAAAAAAAGUUGCAGAGAAUGUCGUCAGACAAAGGAAAUACCAUCUAGCAAAGAAGGCUUUAUACGCUCAGCUCACGGUCUCUCGCUUUAGUGAAAAGGUCUUCAACUCCGUAAGGGCUAUCCUUGAUCUUUCUGUUUUUCGGAGUCAAAUUGUAUUAGAAAGCCUGGUCAUGGACCUGAAAAAGAAAAUCCCAAAUUUAAGCUUCAGUCCUUUGGGACCCCGCGGAACACUCUCUGUGGAAGGAUCGUUUCUGGCUAUCAAAAGGCUCAACGAGUGUUUGCUAUCAAAAGCAAGUUCUCUGCCAGACAAAAACAAAACAAUUAUCAGUAAGGGGAGAACGGGGACUAGACAGAGCUCCAAGAAAAGUGUGCAGAGAAGUGAUACCGCGGUGGAGCCGCUGAGGUCCUCAGUGCCUGAGCCUGCUGGGAGGGGACAAGUGCUUGUGCUCGACACAGACGUUUUCCUCUACUUGAAACGGAAGUGCAGAAUUUACGAAAGCACGCUCAGAAAGUUCCACGUUCUGAGCCGGGAGCGCGUGGACGGGGAGGUCAGCACCAUUUGGCUGAAAAGUGCUGGAGCUGGUUCUCAGCCGAGCAGAGUACAGCACGUGAGAGAACUCUUGGAGGAGUGGUCCCAGAGCCUGUCCUUCGAGCUCAGAAAAGAGACUUUGACUUUUGGAGGAAAGAAAAACAGCGAGAAAAGGAAUAUUGAACAGGCUUGUGAACAGCUCUGUUCAAAAUACAAUAAAGUUCUGAUUAAUUUUUAUAGGACACACAUUGACAUUAUAGGAUCGUCUUCUGACAUAUACCAAUUUAAAAGUGAGGUUAUGAAAUUAGUAAGCCAACAGGUUAGUUAAUAAAAUCUCAGUCAUAGUAAUGAUAGUUGCUUUCUCUUAGUGAGUAGUGGCCGCGUGCAUAGUGCUACCUUCACGAACGUUAUUUCUUCAUCCUAACCAUCUUUCAUUGUGAGCAUGACCAUGUUUAUGUUGUAGAAGAAGAAACGAGGAUUUGGAGAAGUUAAAACUCUUGUCCAGAUUUACUUAGCUGACAAGGGUUAGGCUGGGGCUUAACCCAGUCUAACUAACAAUGACGAUAAUAUCUAAAUAAAACUU